GUCGAUAAUUUUCACGUACGACGACAUUGUCUGGAAAUUCACUGAAUGACAAAUUUUCGGUCCUCUUUCUCAUUCUCAUUCUUUCUUCCUCCUCUCCCACUUCUGUUACUCUUCUUCUCUUAUCUAGCUUCAACUCAUUCCUCGCAGCUCCCCCUUUUCAUGACGGUAUACUCCAGAUUCUCGCCAAAACACGCUUUAUUACCUCUCUUCAUUAUAUUCAAACAACUACAGUGAUAUCGCAGCAGGACUUCAGUUGGUUCGAGGCCUGAGUGAGCCACCAUGUCCUCUCCACUCCGCCCUCAGUUCUUCUGUGCUCGUCCAAAUGGCACGCUUACCCCCCUCAUUGCUGUUGACGAACUGCCCUCUCAUAUUUCGAUUCGCGGAAUCCCCCGUACACUAUCUGCCAAUGAGACCCAGGGCAUGACCAGCUUAGGCACUGUGAGUCCAAGGGCACAAACCUACGUCAUUGAUGGCCUGGCGCCAUCUUCGACCCGUGCUUCGUCCACCGCUGCUAGCCCUCGUUCCCGUGACUUUGACCUGCAGGCCUCCCUCAUGAGACUUGUUUCUGAUGAAAAUGUUCCGGCAAGCCAACGUCUGGCCGUGAAUGCCCUCCUCCAGCAAGGUAUUUCCCAGAACUGGUUCAUGACCAACGCUUCGACUAGCGGUUGGUUGGUUCCUGGUGUCAGUGGUGGCACGGCUAGCGGAAGUUCGAGGCAGGGCGCUCAUUACAAUACGAAAAAAGAAUUUUGUUCGUACUGGAUCCGGCAUGGUGAAUGUGACUAUCAGCAACAAGGUUGCCUCUACAAGCAUGAAAUGCCAAAUGACUUAUCUACCUUGGAGAAACUUGGCCUUCGGGAUAUCCCUCGUUGGUAUCGCGAAAAGUAUGGCAUUCCCAGUCUAUUGCCCAAUGGGCAUGGUCACCCACGUUCUCACACCGGUCAUGGCCAGCACUGGAAAGACGAUGCAGUGGACUGUGGCACUAUGAAGUCGAUUCAAUAUCCUUCCCGUUUAGAGAUCAAUGGAGCAAUCGAUCCCUCUGACGUAGAGAAGGCCUCUAAGCAGAAAGCUGCUCGCUAUUUUUCUUCUCAGCAACAUACUGUGGGAGUUACUGGAUCUUCUCGGCAUGUUUAUCCAGCUGCGAGCUCGCCCAAGACCUCGACAACCCCUAAGCAUGGACCAAAGAAUGCCCCCAGCCAAAUCAAUCCAAUUACUAAACGUAUAGAUCUCCUGUCAUUUGACCCUCUCGCAGAAUAUCCGUCCCUAGAUCAUAUGGGUGGAAGCAUGAGUGGCUUGCCUUACCCUUGUCCAACCGAAAAUGCCGCCACCGAGAAUAUUGAUAGGAUCCAACGCGAUGAAUUCGUCCGUAACAUCCAGUCCCUUAUGCCAGCUUCUCUGGCCACAAAUACCGACUAUCUUUCAGCUUCCUUUGAGAAUGCUUCGCCCCAGCCUCGCUCCAGGAAGACGCAGAAGUCACGCCGUCUCUAUAAAGCCCGCUCUCAGAUGAUCAUGCAGGAUAUGGGUAUGGACAGGGCCGAGAUUGACUCCUUCGGUGGUUAUCACAAUCAUGCGACUAUAACCCCUAGUGCGGCUUCGGUCAUUUCCAAGGAUACUCCCGGCUCUCUGCUGGUGAGCCCUAUCCCUGACACUUCUCAUACGGGAGCCGCAUCUUCGGAGCCUCCAACUCGGGGUGCAUCUCCAUCAACCCAUUCGGGAACCUCUCUCUCCUCUGGUUCCAGUCCUCGAGCUCAUCGCAGUCAGUUCAAAGAAAAGGAUACUAGAACACUUCAGGCACCAAUCGGCACCGGGAAAGUCUAUCGCAACAGGUCCACCGGAUCUCCAAGCGACGACUUCUAGGUAUGAACUUUUGCAGUAAAUACAAGCACGCGCAACGAUGAUUUCCCCUCGUUAUCUAUGUACGAUCUUCAACCCACUCGCAUGCCAGAGCUUUCCCCUUCCUCUUU